AGACACAAAGAGGCAAUCGGAUGGUCAGAAUUCUGUACGUUCCACUACUCAAGUCAACAACUCUUUGGAUCCAUGGAAUCCGAACCUGAACGGGUUUUCUUAGAUAAGUACAACGCGUCGGAUGUUGAUGGGUUCAAUCGGGCGUUGAGACCCUUGUUGACUAACUUGAGCAGCCGCGCGGCUGCCGGAGGACCUCUUUUCAAAUAUGCGGCAGAUAACACGACCAGUCCGAGUUUCCCUUCGGCAAUUUACGCUCUCGAGCAGUGCACUCCCGAUAUAUCGCAGACGGAUUGCAGCUCUUGUCUAGCACUGGCAAUGGGAAAGAUCGAUUUUGUCUGCUAUGGGAAGAUCGGAUGCAGUGUUCUACAACCCAGCUGUAAUUUGAGAUAUGAGACCAGACCAUUUUUUGCAGCAGUAGAAGACAUUCCUUCUCCACCGAAAGGAAAUAGGAGCAACAAAACUCGAAUAAUCAUCGUAGCUUCGGUUGUCAGCAUUCUGUCACUUGUCCUCUGUAUUUGGAUCCGUUUAAAACUCAGAAAGCCAAGGGAAAUUGUCGAAACUGCAGAAAGAGAUGAAAUGAUCAAGGCCGAGUCUUUGCAAUAUGACUUAGCCACUAUUCGGGCCGCAACUAAUAACUUCUGUGAUAAAAAUAAACUUGGACAAGGAGGAUUCGGAGCAGUUUACAAGGGCAAGCUUCCAGAAGGACAAGAAGUAGCCGUGAAAAGGUUAUCUAGUGCUUCUGGACAAGGAGACUUAGAAUUCAAAAAUGAGGUCCUUUUAGUAGCCAAACUUCAACAUCGGAAUUUGGUUAGACUCCUUGGUUUCUGCUCGGAAGGAGAUGAAAGGCUUCUCAUCUACGAGUUUGUGCCAAACAAAAGCCUAAAUCAUUUCAUUUUUGAUCCAAUCAAGCGCGCACAACUAGAUUGGGAAAUCCGUUACAAAAUCAUCGAAGGCGUAGCUCGUGGCCUCCUUUACCUACAUCAGGAUUCUCGUCUUCGAAUAAUUCAUCGUGAUCUCAAAGCAAGCAACGUUUUAUUAGAUAAAGAUAUGAAUCCUAAGAUUGCAGAUUUUGGGAUGGCAAGAUUAGUUGUAAGAGAUGAAACACAUGGCGAUACCAAGAGAAUUGUGGGAACUUAUGGGUACAUGGCUCCAGAGUAUGCAAUGCGUGGGCAAUUCUCAAUAAAGUCAGAUGCUUUCAGUUUUGGAGUGUUACUUUUAGAAAUCGUUAGUGGACAAAAAAAUAGUUGUUUCCAAAAUGAGGAGAACAUAGAGGACCUACUAAGUUAUGCAUGGAAAAGCUGGAAGGAAGGGACAGGAUUAAAUCUCCUAGAUCCAACUUUAAGAAAUGGUUCAACAGCCGAAAUGAUGAGAUGCAUCCAUAUUGGUUUGCUAUGUGUCCAAGAAAAUGUUGCUCACAGACCAACCAUGGCUUCAGUUGUUCUCAUGCUUAGUAGCAAUUCAUUUAGUCUCCGAGUGCCCUCUCAACCAGCAUUUUUUGUACACAACACCAAUGCAUCAGACAUGCCGUCCUCAUUUGGUUCAUGGAUAUCAAACACGAAGAGCUCAGAGGAACAAUUUGCCCCCUUGUCAAAUAAUGAUGUUACAAUCACAGAGCUAUAUCCUCGAUAGUUUUUGAGAGUCAAAGCUACAAUAAGAUUUGUAUUGUCAACCUGGUUCAAAAUAAUGUUAGAAUUCGGUGAUUAGAUGCACUGGUAUCUAAUACUAGUUCUUGUAAGCAAAACUACUUCCAAGCACAAAAAUACAUGUAUGAUUUGAUUCGGGUACUGGUUUCCUUCUUGUAUAAUUUGAUACAAUGUAAAGUUUGGUAUUCGUUUCUUGUAAGCGAAAUUACUUCCAUUUACUGAUUCAGUGUAACAUUUUAUAUGGUCUUGGCUUAUUCCAUCUCAAUCAAAUUGACUUGUGUAA